UUUGGGAACUACGAUGUACGUUCACCGCUUUUGCCUCCCUACUUUAUAGGCCUCUCAACAAGUCUCAUAGUCUUGCAUAUCGUCGUGAAUCGUCUAGCUGGAUUACAUUUGUGCCUAGACCCGAUACAUGAGAACACGGGUUGAGCAAGCCACCAAUUGAUGCUCAUCUUAUUUGAAUAUGUCCCCCUUCAUCUCCCUGUCGCAUCUCGUACUCAGGAGGCGCAUUUCCAAGCUGCAAGCACAUCCCGAUGAUCCGGGUUUGAGAGAUAUGUCUCAAGCCAUUCCCACGGAGAUCAUCCUGCAUAUUCUCGCGUAUUUGAAGCCAAUCGCAUUUGAAUCUCUCUCUCCAAAUCGGGGGCCGGACUCGCUGGAGUUCUUGCAGAGGCCUUUGGACAUCUACAAUGCCUGCCUAGUCUGCCGGGCCUGGCACGCUUGCGCGAUUGUCCAACUCUAUUCGCGCGUAUACUUGUAUACACCGCAUAGAAUCCACCUCUUCUAUCAAACGCUUCGUCGAAAACCGCUGCUAGGUUUGCUUGUCCGCGAGCUGAUUAUCUUUGAUAAUUAUCGCCAGACGUUGCCGUCAUAUGACAACCAGUCGCGCAAAAUCCACCAAAGGGCUUACUACCAACUCGUCACAAAGCGAGUUGACAAUCAUUUCGGAGAGCGUCUACAGCAGGAGGUUCUAACCAUCGUAUCGUCAUGUUCGGCAUCUCUAUCGAUUAACCUCCGAUCAUGCGCGGAACAUGCCUCAGAAAACACCUUCAUUCGCAACGUUGUUUUCUCAGAGUCUCCGACUCUCAAUGGUACACCAGGAACCCAUGCUUCGCCAAGUCUCACUCUAGCGAAUCACCGACUCAAUAAAUCUACAUCCCUCUCUUCCUCCUGGCGCAGUCUACAGCAGCUUGUCCUGCACGAUGUGAACGUGACGCCGUCAUUCAUCGAGCACCUUCCCACCAGUACACCGCAACUUGACACCCUGAACUUUACGCACUCAUGUUUUAGCCCCAAUAGGUCUGCGACGACCGUAAGAAUGUUCACCGCACUCAACCAAAUUUUCACCCUUCGCGUUCUUGAGUUCGUCAGAACACCAAUAAUAAUUGAACCGUGUUCAUGCUUGCUGCCCAGUAGGCUGGAGCGUUUUUAUCUAGUGGACGGCAUUCAGCCUCCUCCGUCUGUUGUCAUAGAGAAAGUUGUAAAGUCGUGGGUUGAUCCACAAACUCUUCCAACAACUCUGAGGGAAUUGGCCAUCACUCCUACCGAGCAAGACUCUGAAGAUUUCAAUAUGCCAUUGGACAUUCCAUCCAAUAUUACUUCACUUAUCCUCUUUGGACACACUGGUCUUCUUCCUUAUGAUCCUCACUAUCAUUAUCUUUCAACAUUCAACUAUGCCUUUCACUGCCUAGAGCAGAAUAUGCCAACUCUAGCAUUUGCAUCCUUAACAUCUUCUAGGCUAACACAGCUCAAGAUAGUUCUUCUUCAUUGUAGUUGUUUAAUGUGUUUGAAGGCAGAGAAGGGAGAAGAUCCUUUGAAGGAGUUAGAUAUAUGUCAGGAAUAUGAGAAGGUUCAAAAAUUAUGCAAUCUAUAUAGCAUCAAUCUAGAGGUGAAGGAAGUUGAUGCUUGGAUUUUAUCACCAUCACCUCAGCAACUUUCAAAGCCACAGUUUCAGACUCAUAUUAUAGAAACUGCUGUACUUCUAUAAAUAAUGUAAUACUGUGAUACUGUG